GCCGCCCGCCCGGCGGAUGUUGCGGCGCGGCCGCGGCUGAGGGAGGGACGGCGGAGCGGCAGCGCCGGGGCCGCGCACAUCCCGAGAUGGCCGACGAGAACGAGGAGCUGCCGGCGGACGAGGAGCUGCCGGCGCCGGCCGAGGAGGGCUUUGAGCAGCUGGAGAACGACAGCCCCGCCGAGCGCAGCGGGCACGUGGCCGUCACCGACGGGCGCUGCAUGUACGUCUGGGGAGGAUACAAGAACGCCCAGGUCCGGGGAUUUUACGACUUCUACCUGCCUAGGGAUGAAAUAUGGAUCUACAAUAUGGAAACUGGAAGAUGGAAGAAGAGCAAGACAGAGGGAGAUGUUCCCCCCUCCAUGUCUGGCAGCUGUGCCGUGUGUGUGGACAGAGUGGUUUAUCUCUUCGGGGGGCACCAUGCCCGGGGCAACACCAACAAGUUCUACAUGUUAAAUGCCAGAUCCACGGACAAAGUGCUGCAGUGGGUGAGAGUGGAGUGCCAGGGGGUGCCCCCCUCGUCCAAGGACAAGCUGGGGGUGUGGGUGCACAAGAACAGGCUGAUAUUUUUUGGAGGCUAUGGCUAUUUUCCUGAAGGGAAACAACGUGGAACGUUUGAAUUUGAUGAAACCUCUUUUUGGAAUUCAGGUCUUCCUAGAGGGUGGAAUGACCACGUGCACAUUCUGGACCUUGAAACUUUCACUUGGAGCCAGCCUAUAACUACGGGCAAGACCCCGUCCCCUCGAGCCGCCCAUGCCUGUGCCACGGUCGGGAACAGGGGUUACGUGUUCGGAGGCAGAUACAGGGAGUCCAGAAUGAACGACUUUUACUACCUGAACCUGGACACGUGGGAGUGGAAUGAAAUACUCACCCAAGGCAUCUGCCCCAUCGGCCGAUCGUGGCAUUCCUUAACACCGAUUUCCUCGGAUCACCUCUUCCUCUUUGGAGGGUUCACCACGGACAAGCAGCCCCUGAGUGAUGCCUGGAUUUAUUGUAUCAGCAAGAAUGAGUGGGUUCAGUUUGAGCAUAACUACUCUGAAAAACCAAGGCUGUGGCACACGGCCUGUGCCAGCGAGGAGGGUGAGGUGAUCAUCUUUGGGGGCUGUGCCAACAACCUUCUGGCCCAUUCCAAAGCUGCUCACAGUAACGAAAUCCUCGUGUUCUCCCUACAACCAAGAUCUCUCGUAAGGCUGUGCCUCGAGGCUGUGAUUUGCUUCAAGGAGAUGUUGGCCAGCUCGUGGCACUGCCUGCCCAAGCACCUGCUGCACAGCGUCAACCAGCGCUUCGGCAGCAACAACACCUCGGGCUCCUGAGCCUGCCCGGCCCCAGUAAAGGUGUGUGCUCAACCCUCUGUGUGUAGGUAGUCGCUUCUCGCCCUCCCGUGCAUGUGAAUGGCCUAGAGAGAACCUCUUGUCGUGUGAGAUGUUCCAAUAAAUGUAUUUAAUGCCAGAGGA